UUUGAUAACAUUGAUUUCGAAUGGUAGCAGUAAUAAAGUAAACCUGCUCUCAAAUUAUUCACUUUCAUACAUCUUCUUCUACGGUUCCCUUCAAGAAUCUACUUACUUCUCUCUCUCUUCAUUAACAUAUUCAAUUGCAAAAUUCUUAACCUAAUCGUUAAUUCAAUCAACACCUUCGUCUAUGGACAUUGUUUGUCUCAAGUGUGGCGAUGUAGGUUUUAAAGAGGCUAUAGUUUUUUGUAGCAAAUGUCAAUCUUAUGCUUUGCACAGGUACUGUUUAGAUGGGCCUGUGAUUUUUAUUGAUGAUGUUAUAUGGUUUUGUGAGGAUUGUGAACCAAAGCCAAUAGCACUAUAUUCACUUGAUCAAUCUACACUUCUCUCAUCUAAAACAACUAACUCUGCAAAUUUGGCCAACAAUGCAAUCCAAUCCCGAAGAAAACUGAAAUAUUGCAUAAAGAGACCAAAGAAAAGCAAUCAACGGCAUAAAAAGAAGAUUGGAGAGAAGCAGAAGAAAGAAAAAGUUAACUCUGGCUUAGUUGCUAAAACAAAGGUCCUUUUAUCUGACAGUAGCUGUUUACCUGAGCUUGAGCAUCCUCAAUGUAGUAUCAGCCACAGACAAGAAAAUGAAUCUAAAAAUGAGUGUGGGCCAGUUCCAACAGAUGCAACAAAUUCCAAUGUUGAUGCACAACCUAUUGCUGAACCAAUAUGGAGGGGAAAUUUGUUCUUCUGCAAUGAAGCUAUUGUCACUGUCAAUGGACUUCAGGCCCAUUUGUCCAGUUUAGCAUCCCUCAAAGUUCUAACCGAGGCAAGACUUUUCCCGGAAGUGCUUUGCGCAGAUUUGCUUCCCAGAUCUGUGGUGUGGCCUAAUAGUUUCAAGAAUGAAGGACCAACUAAUCAGAACAUUGCUCUUUAUUUCUUUGGGUAUGAAAGAUCGGAAAAGAUCUUUGACAAGCUGGUUGAUGAUAUCAUUCGCAAAGAAGUAGCCAUAAGAGUUGGGACAAAAAAUGCAGUGCUUUUAAUUUUUCCUUCCACCUUGCUGCCAAUCCAACAUCAGAAAUUUCAAACCAAAUAUUACUUGUGGGGUGUCUUCAGAAAAAAAUCAAACUUCACAUGAGACAAAUGAUUCUGUGUGCUGAGAGAAGGCUGGUGUUGGCAAACAAUUAACUCCGCAUUAGCAUAACCCGCUAAAUAUUUUGAGAAACAAUGGUAGUUAUAGUUCUAAUGUAUGGUACUCCUGUGUUAGUUAUAUGAUAUGUGCAUGAUGGGAUUGGAAUUGUGUGUAACUUUUUUAUUACUUAGUUGCAUAUUGUUUAAUCAUAGGUUGAAUACGAAUCUUUACUAGUUAAUUGGUCAUUAAUUAUGUAAGGAUUAUCAUUCCUAAUUAAUUCUUACUAAUUUUUUGUUUCACCA